AUUUUCUCCACAAGCACCUCAUGCACAGUCACCACUCAAUGCUUCAAGGAAGCACCAAAAUUCUACAACUCCCCAACCUGCAACACCAUUCCCCGCCACCCAAAUGACACGUGCUACCCAAAUGCUGUUCACGUGACCAUGACCCUCGACGUCGCUUACCUCCGCGGCUCCAUGGCGGCGAUCCUCUCCGUGCUCCAACACUCCUCCUGUCCUGAAAACAUCAUCUUCCACUUCAUCUCCGCCGCAUCCAAACCUUCCUCCGCCGUCCUCCUCAACCGCACUCUCGCCGCCUCCUUCCCUUACCUCAAGUUCCAAAUCUACCCCUUCGACGACGUCGCCGUCGCCGGCUUUAUCUCCACCUCCAUUCGCUCCGCCUUGGACUGCCCCCUAAACUAUGCGCGAAGCUACCUCGCUAACCUUCUCCCUCCAUGCGUCACCAAAAUCGUUUACCUUGACUCCGACUUGGUCCUCGUCGACGACAUUGCCAAGCUCGCCGCCACAUCGCUCGGCUCCGACGCCGUCCUCGCCGCCCCUGAGUAUUGCACCGCCAACUUCACCGCCUACUUCACGCCUUCGUUCUGGUCCAACCCUUCUCUGUCCCUCACCUUCGCGAACCGCAGGGCAUGCUACUUCAACACCGGCGUGAUGGUCAUCGACCUCGAGCGGUGGCGCGCCGGUGACUACACGACGAUGAUCGAGGAGUGGAUGGAGCUCCAGAAGAGAAUGCGUAUCUACGAGCUGGGAUCUCUGCCGCCGUUUCUGUUGGUUUUCGCCGGAAAAAUUGCUCAAGUUGAUCACCGGUGGAACCAGCACGGGCUCGGCGGGGACAACUUCCGUGGGCUUUGCCGGGACUUGCAUCCGGGCCCAGUGAGCCUGAUGCAUUGGAGUGGAAAGGGCAAACCGUGGGCCAGGCUCGACGCAAACAGGCCUUGCCCUUUGGAUGCUUUAUGGGCUCCUUAUGAUCUUUUGGAGACUCCUUUCGCUCUUGACGCCUAG